UCAUUCACAAGUUACAGACUUUAAUAUUAAACGGACAAAAAAACUAUCACGUAUUAAUGUUCUUCAUCUGCAUGUCUAAUAAACAGAGGAAGCUGCACAUAAGUGGACAUCUUUUGAAAGCAUCUAACAAUGACUAGUCUCUGCAUGGAGAAUCUUAGUCCUACAAUCCUGAGUUUCAUCCCGAGGCUCAUUUCUGAAGAGAGGAGACUUUAGGUUUCGUUUCUGCCACAGUGUAUAAGCCACACCCUGUCUUACAGUUAUCUGCUUCAUGUGCAGCAGCACUUCUUCUCGCACACAAGAAAAGAAGACUCCACAUGCGAUAUUACUGAAGGUUCAUCCAGCACCUAUACUUCAGCCGACCAUCCGUCCACCAUGAACCCAAGCCUUACCAGGAGCCAGCAGAGAACAAUCUGCUCCCAGCUGGGAAGAGUCAAACUGCAGCUGCUGUACAAGGCCAGCAUCCACGGUUUCACUGCUGCAGCCUUCCACCAGCGAUGUGACACCCGCUCUCCCACAGUGUCUGUGGGCUAUAAUGACUCUGGUUUUGUUUUUGGAGGCUACACCAAACAACCAUUCAGUCAAUCUGGAUUCUAUGUGCAGGAUGAUCAGGCCUUUCUUUUCACACUCAGCAAAGAAAAGCUCAUCAAAUAUCCCGUCACUGGCCCUGCUAAUGCUGUGAGAAUGAUCGCUGCCUCUGGACCAUAUUUUGGAGAGGCACUGGUUCUUGUCCAUGGAAGCAAACCAGUGGUCCAUAGCAAUCCAGGAAAUUAUUACAACUUCAAUGCUGCAGAAAUGCAUGGCAAUGAUCUCAACCUGACUGAGUGUGAAGUCUAUCAAGUCGAGGAAGCCGCAGAGGAGCUCGAGGAGCCGUGGAGAACUGUCACCUGGGAAUCUGAGAAGAGGACCGAGCUGAUGGAGAAAAUAAGGACCUACAAACCGUUAAUCAGCUCUGUGCCCAAGGCUCGGGUCCUGCUCAUUGGGUCAAUUGGAGCUGGAAAGUCCAGCUUCUUCAACUCUAUCAACUCUGUUUUCAGAGGCCAUGUCACCGGACAGGCUAUGGCUGGAUGCUCUUCGACCAGCCUCACCACACAGUUUCGCACCUACACUUUGAAAGACGGGCGUGAGGGAAAACCACUACCAAUCAUCUUGUGUGAUACUAUGGGGUUAGAGGAAAGCACAGGGGCGGGGCUUAACUUGGAUGACAUCAACAGUAUUGUUAAAGGCCAUCUGCCAGAUCGCUAUCAGUUCAACCCCUCUGCCCCUCUCAAUGUGGAGGCCCACGGAUAUCAGGAGCAUCCUGGGUUCAAGGACAAGAUCCACUGUGUGGCCUACGUCAUUGAUGCCUGCAAGGUCUCCAUCAUGCCUUCAAAGCUGGAGGAGAAGCUGGAUUCUAUUCGCAAGAAGGUCAACUUGAUGGGAAUUCCUCAGCUGGUCCUGCUCACUAAAGUGGAUGAAGCCUGCUCUUUGGUAGCAGAGGACGUGACAAAUGUUUACAGGAGUUACUACAUCAAGGAAAUGAUGCAGGAGGCCAGUGCUCGGCUUGGUGUGCCGUUGUCCUGCGUUAUUCCAGUGAAGAACUACAGCGAGGAUUUGGAGGUGAACCUGAACUGCGACAUCCUGCUGCUCAGCGCUGUCGAACAGAUGCUUCGCUUCACUGACAACUACUUUGAUGACAUCAGCGAUCGAUGCAACGUUAAACAAUAGAACCAAAGAGAAGAAGUGUUUGUGCAGCAGACAUACCAUCAUGGGUAACAGUGGUGAAAUGUGGUGGAAAGAGAAGCCUUUUCCUCAGGGUGGGACACUUGGGUGCUGUUAGGUUACAUGCAUAUUAAACACAGAUAAUCUACUGUCACUGCUAGCUAUCUGAUCUGCAAUGUUAAAGUAAUGUAAUGUUAAAAGUAUGUGGGGAUAAUAAUUUGUACCAUUACAAAAAAUGUUGGAAUGAGGAGCUUUCACUUUUCUUUGUGCUGGAUUAGAUUUUUACAUCAUGCUUUGUCUUUUGAAGUUUGUGUUUAGUUAAAGUUGUUAAAUUAGUUUGUUUUGCUGUUUUUCCAGCAAGAGUUUUUGAACUGUAUAUACACCAUAGAAAGAAACGGGUAGAAUCAAAUUUGACAGUUAACACCAAACACUUUGUUUUCUUUAGGCUUUGUAAAAAGUCCUCCUCUCGAGAUAUUUCAAGUGUUUCUAAUUUUCCCUUGUUUACAAAAUGUGUUAUUGAUGUUUGGACUGUGCCUUUUUGUUCAUUGCUGUGUUCAUUCUGCUUGUACUUGAUUUUUUUGUAAGCGUUAUAACUCGCUAACCAUUUGUAAGGACCGUUGAUGCUGAAAACUCUGAUUAGAAAGCUAAAAAAAUAAAAUAAAAAGGGGUCUGACUUAAA